AUGAGGAAUCUGGGAAUGACAGAUUUAGUUCUAACAGAAUCACAGAAGAGGAACUAUGCUUUGAUUGAAAUUGAAAAAUUAUUGAAUGGCUGGAACAAAUCAUUAGUUGAUUAUCCACCGAUGCCUAUACUAGAUGGUUUUAGUGAUCAUAUUUUGGUGAUUGAUGAUGUUCAAAACAAAAAAGGUGGUUUAUUCUUUGUAUAUGGAUAUGGUGGAACAUGGAAAACUUUUUUAUGGAAAACAAUGUCAGCUGCUUUAAAUGUCAAAAGGAUCAAGUGGUUUGUAAUACUGAUUUCUGUAAAUAAGGAUUCAACCUACAAUAUCAAGCAAGGUACACAACUCGCUGAACUUAUUGUUAAAGAAAAGGUAAUCAUAUGGGAUGAAGCUCUUAUGAGGCCCAAGCAUUGUUUUGAGGCCUUGGAUAGAACAAUGAGAAACAUAAUGAGAUUCUCUAAUCAUACAAGCUCAAGCCUUACAUUUGGGGGAAAAACAGUUGUGCUAGGUGGUGAAUUUAGAAAAAUAAUUCCCGUUAUUCCAAAAAGAACAAGACAAGACAUAGUACAAGCCAGUAUCAAUUCUUCUUAUUUGUGGAAUAGUUGUGAAGUGCUAUGUUUAACCAAGGAUCUACGAUUGCGGAAUAUUACAACUGAAGAAGAAUUAGAGAAGUUAGACAAUUUUGCAAAGUGGAUUGCUGAUUUAGGUGAUGGUAAACUUGGUGAAAACAAUAACAAGGAGGUGCAAUAUAAUUAUUCAUUCACAAUUCGUAUUGCAAAACAAAGGAGAACCCAUUAA